AUUUCAUCACAAUAUAAAAUGGGCAAAUUCAUCACUUGCCUCUGCUUGGUGCUCUUGAACUGAGAUUGAAGGAAAAAUUAGAAGCUGUUCAUUUGGGCUUGUGGGCUCAGCGGCGUUAGGCAGCUUCGUUUUAUGCUCUACGGUGUCCUAUUGAAAGGGGCCAACAAGUGCUGGCAAUACAAGUGACUAUUUUGUCUUAAAACUCUGUUUCUGGAACAUCGAAGAUGGAUUAUCCCAAAAUGGAUUAUUUUCUGGAUGUGGAGUCUGCUCAUAGACUCUUGGAUGUUGAGUCGGCUCAAAGAUUCUUCUACAGCCAAGGAGCUCAAGCUCGCCGGGCCACCCUGCUCCUGCCUCCCACAUUAAUGGCGGCAUCUUCGGAGGACGACGUAGACCGGCGGCCCAUCAGAAGAGUCCGCUCCAAGAGCGACACCCCGUACCUCGCCGAGGCCAGGAUCUCCUUCAACCUGGGGGCAGCUGAGGAAGUGGAGAGGCUGGCGGCAAUGCGAUCUGACUCCCUUGUCCCAGGUACCCACACCCCACCCAUCCGGAGGAGGAGUAAGUUUGCCAACCUGGGAAGGAUUUUCAAGCCUUGGAAAUGGAGGAAGAAGAAGAGUGAAAAGUUCAAACACACGUCUGCAGCCCUGGAAAGGAAAAUAUCGAUGAGGCAAAGCAGAGAGGAGCUAAUAAAACGAGGGGUCUUGAAGGAAAUCUAUGAUAAAGACGGGGAGCUCUCCAUAUCGAAUGAAGAUGACUCCCUGGAAAACGGGCAGUCCCUGAGCUCCAGCCAGCUAUCUCUGCCCGCCCUGUCCGAGAUGGAGCCAGUCCCGAUGCCCAGGGAUCCCUGCUCAUACGAGGUGCUCCAACCUUCCGACAUCAUGGAUGGGACAGAUCCUGGCGCCCCUGUGAAAUUGCCUUGUCUGCCAGUGAAGCUGUCGCCUCCGCUACCUCCAAAGAAAGUCAUGAUCUGUAUGCCCAUGGGGGGGCCAGAGCUCUCCCUGGCGUCCUACGCGGCCCAGAAGAGCGGCCAGCAGGGCGGGGCCCAGCACCACCACACCGUCCUGCCCUCCCAGAUCCAGCACCAGCUGCAGUACGGCAGCCUCAGCCAGCACCUCCCUGCCACCACCGGCUCCCUCCCCAUGCACCCCUCGGGCUGCAGGAUGAUAGAUGAGCUGAACAAAACGCUGGCCAUGACCAUGCAGAGGCUGGAAAGCUCUGAACAGCGGGUGCCCUGUUCUACUUCUUACCACAGCUCUGGUUUGCACUCGGGUGACAGUGUCACAAAAGCAGGACCUCUGGGCCUUCCGGAAAUAAGACAAGUGCCCACUGUUGUGAUUGAAUGUGAUGACAAUAAAGAAAAUGUGCCUCAUGAAUCAGACUACGAAGACUCUUCUUGCCUGUACACAAGAGAGGAGGAGGAGGAGGAGGAGGAGGAGGAAGAUGACGACAGCUCCUUGUAUACCAGCUCCCUGGCCAUGAAGGUGUGCAGGAAGGACUCCUUAGCCAUCAAACUCAGCAACAGGCCCUCCAAGCGAGAGCUGGAAGAGAAGAACAUCCUUCCGAGGCAGACGGAUGAAGAGCGGCUGGAGCUGAGGCAGCAGAUCGGCACCAAGCUCACCAGGCGACUGAGCCAGAGGCCGACUGCAGAGGAGUUGGAGCAAAGGAACAUUUUGAAACGUAAGUGACAGAGCCCGGGACAAGCGCUGCUGUUUCGUGGUGGCGGUGGUUACUGUUUGAUGGCAGGUCACAGGGUUUCUCCCGUGUGCUGGCGUGGACACGAUCGAAACCCUCUCUGGUGGCAGAGGCAUCGCCCUCGUGUGUUCGAACAUCUGAGAGAGCAUCCCCGCAGAGCAAGCAAAUUCGAAUGCACUUGGUUCGUGAGGACCUCAGGGUCUGCAAGAACCUGCCCUUUAGUGGGCUGCCAAGUCAGAGAAGCUGAAAAGUUUGAGCGAGAGAACUUACUAGUAAGUGAGAGUUGGGGUCACCUUUAAACCCAGAUUGGCUGAAAAACUGCAAAUAUGAUAUUGAUGGCUAAAAUAGGGCAAGGAGCCAUUUGAAAACGAAGACCAGAAAGCAUGACUUUCCACUGCAGCCAGCUGCUGGUGAUAAAAUCCCCCCUCCCUCUGAGCGUUAAACCUAAAAGUCUAAGAGAGCAUUUCCAAGGGGAACUCCUUGCUGGCCUCCUCUCAGGCCUCCUACAACUGGCCGCUGGUGUAGCUGCCCAGGCUCUCAUUCAAGAAGACUCGCUGUCACUGUGUCUGUGGACAGAAAAAGCCGAAGAGCCUCUCGUUUGGUUCAGGACACAGAGAUGUUUGCCUAGGUACAGAAAGUCCAUGUGGUGCUUAAAAUACCUAUUUUACAAAUGCUGAAAGAAAUCAAGCAUCUCAUGGGCACCAACCAGUAUGCCUCAAUUUAGGGGGAGAUAUUCAACAAUUGAAAACUAAAACCUCUCAGCUUCAUCAUGCUGCACUCUCACCGACACUGCCCUCUAGACGGUCAACCGAUAUCUUUAGUUUAAUUCAGACCCUUUCUCCCCACACGUCUAUCCCUUUCUGAUUUGCUCCAGAAAAGAGAAAUAUAUGCUACGCAGAGUUUUACAGAACUUCUGUGCUAUGCACGCACGCACCCACGCCCCGGUCGCGUGAGGCCCGUGUGAGUGGCUGGGUAUUUCCACUUCGACCAAACAAAAGUGUUCUUGAUUUUGCUUUUCUCGCCUUCCUCGUUGUGGCCUUACGACUGGGUCCACGCCAAAUGGUUUGCUGUUGAAUGUCACCGGCGAGGGCUGUGAUGGGGGGGCCGGUGUCGUGACCCACAGCACCCGUACCCCCAGGGCACCCACCUGCAGUGCCCUGUGCCUCCAGCAGCAUCCUGCGGCCCUGCUCCGGGCUUCAGCCACGCCCUCGCCUCGCAGUGGCUGUUCCUUUCAGCCUGGACCUUCCUCGGGCCUGAGGGCACCUCACCCAUUUCCCAGAUCUCCAGGAAGCUGUGCAUAUGAUUAUGUUCUUCCUAACGAAGGGGUGCCUUUAAAAGUUUCUAAGUUUACUUUGCCGUGAAACAGAAUUAGAGUUCUUUCAGAUGAUUUUCCUGGUUGGGGAAGCAUUUGGCCGGCGUGUCUCCCUUUCUGCCCCAGCUUGAUAGCUGAUCCAUUAUAAAUCGUCUACGUUAGAGAGAGAAAGAAAAAUUGAAAGGUGUCCGUUUGUUCCUAAAGCCAGAAAUCUGGUGAACGGGCUUUCUUCUCCUUUUAAACUUCUCCCCCAGACGUGCCUCACACAGAUCCGUGGUCUGCUGAAGGAAUCUCUGUACAACUUUCUUACAGGGCCACACGGUACUUGGG